GCACAUUGACCAGUCUGUGGUCUCCUCACCUGGCACCUGGUGGUGUAGUGGCACAUUGACCAGUCUGUGGUCUCCUCACCUGGCACCUGGUGGUACCAUCGGUCACAAUGGGCCGAACACCUCAGAAAGAGCCAAAAGAAGAGAGGAGGGAGAAACCUGAGAGAAGUAACCCCUCUCCGGGAACCGGCCCCCCCUCUCUGGAUAAAUCUAAUGAACCCUUCAGUUGGGAGGAGUACCUUAAGGAAACGUCAUCCACAGCCGCUUCUCCCAGCUGUUUCAGACAGUCCCGUUUCCCUCCCAGUAAUGACUUCAAGGCUGGUAUGAAGCUGGAAGCCCACGACCCUCGGAACAACACGUCCAUCUGCAUCGCCACGGUGAUGGGUAUGAUGGGUACACGUCUGCGUCUCCGUCUGGACGGGAGUGACAACACCAACGAUUUCUGGAGACUGGUGGACUCCUCAGACAUCCAGCCUAUAGGGAUGUGUGAGAGGAGAGGAGACAUGUUACAGCCACCUCUGG